GGGUUGCUGUUGGGCGGUCUGACGUCUGUCAGUGUUUGUAGCUAAUGUUUAGAAAAUUUAAUUCGUACUAGGAGCAAAGUUAACGUGUUUAUAGUGUGGCGUCUCCCCUGUGUUACACUUGCCUCAUCGUAAAAUCUUCGUGGUAUGGGUGUGGCCGGUGGUGAGGGGCCGUGUGUGUCCCCAUUGUAGGCGCCGUCACGGCGGGGGACAUCAAGCCCACUGUCUGCAGGGUGGUCAUUUACCUACAGAGGGACAUGUCAGGGGACAGCUGUCUGCGCCAGCUGAGCCCGUCGGCCGGGUCUGCUCCGCCCAGCUCCUCGGCCGUCCGUCCGAAGACCAAGACCUGCAGCUACAGGAGCGCAGCGGGCCUGGGCAACAAGUAUGUGCGUCUGAAUGUGGGCGGCACCCUCUACUACACCACUCUGCAGGUGCUCACGCGGCAGGACACCAUGCUCAAGGCCAUGUUCAGCGGAAGGAUGGAGGUGUUCACCGACAAGGAAGGCUGGAUCCUGAUUGACCGCUGUGGGAAGCACUUUGGUGCCAUCCUGAGCUACCUGAGAGAUUCCACUGUGGUCCUGCCCAAGAGCCAACAGGGCAUCCGUGAGCUGUUGGCUGAGGCCAAGUACUACCUCAUCCAGGAGCUGGCGGACAUCUGCGAGAGCGCUCUGCAGGAGGAAAGGCUUCAGGCGCUCUGUGUGGUUCCGGUGAUCACCUCUCUGAAGGAGGAGGAGCGGCUCAUUCAAGCCUGCAGCAGGCCUGUGGUGAAACUGCUCUACAACAGAAGCAACAACAAGUACUCCUACACCAGUAAUUCGGAUGACAACCUGUUGAAGAACAUGGAGCUGUUUGAUAAGCUCUCGCUGAGCUACAGUAGAAGAGUCCUCUUCAUUAAGGAUGUCCUUGGGGAUGAAAUUUGCUGCUGGUCCUUCUACGGGCAGGGCCGCAAGCUGGCGGAGGUGUGCUGCACCUCCAUUGUCUAUGCCACGGAAAAGAAACAGACCAAGGUGGAGUUCCCGGAGGCACGCAUCUACGAGGAGACGCUAAAUGCGCUCCUGUACGAGACGCUGCCUGUACCAGACAACUCUCUGCUGGAGGCAACACGUCGGCGUGCCCAGUGCGGCUCCCACAGCGAGGAGGAGGAGUGUGGGGAGAUCAGGGAGCGUGUUCGCCGCAUCCACGUCAAGAGGUACAGCACCUACGACGACCGGCCGCCUCUGGGCCUCUAGCUGCCUCGAUGCCAAAUAUCCGGCCCAUUUCGGAGGGAUCCGACCUUCUUGCCAUACAUCCCUGGAGAGAUGGACUAACAUCCUCGUCGCUUCACGGGCUUACUUCCGUUUCCACAGUGCCUGUGUGAAGCACACGCCACCUGAGCCUUCAUACACAGGUGAGAAAUUAUAGUGGCCAUCUCAUGGAUUCACUCUGAGGCCGUGGACCUCCUUCCUGUGUGUCAUUUAGACCAGUGUGAUUCAGGGAGUGUUUCACAACCAGUAAAACUCCAUAAAAUACAUCAUGCAAUCAAACAUUGCCAUAACUGAAAUAAAAUUCUGAAGUGCUCUGAAAAUGUAUUCCUUUUAAGAUCUGAUAUUAGGUUUUUGACUCACAACAAUUUAGAAUAAUUAUUAGCAUUUAAUGAAUGCAGAACUACUACACAGGCAUACAUUUUUCUCAUUUUAAAAUUGGUGUGCUAGACUAAAUCUCUUUCAGCAAAUUUGAUUUUUUUUAUUUUGUUUUCUUUUUUAGUUUAGUUUAAAGUACAUUUAUUGCUGAUCCCUUUAAAGACUGUUUUUCUUAAGUGAUUUGUUGUCUUCAUCUGUUUGGAGAGGCCUGCCAUAAUUGAAAUGACUGCUCUAUUUUGAAAUAUGCCCGGAGUAAUGGCCCGAUGGCAUUUUCCAUCACUGCUGCCUCUGAAUGAGACACAUCAUUCUUUGGUGGGAUGACAUUCUGUAUUUCCACUCUGGUGGGGUAUGAUGUGAAUUGCAUUUAGACCAAUCAGAUUCAAGACCAACUACGGUCAUGCGCUGCUUAAUGACACUUCGCAUAACGACUGACCGCAUAUAUGGCGGUGGUUCCGUAAGAUAAUGGAGCUGAAAAAUUCUUAUCAUCUAGCGACGUCGUAGCCGUGGUAACAUCGUAGCGCAGUGUGUUAGUGGUGGUGCGGCUGUAAACAAACCUAGUGCGCUGCCAGUCGUAUAGAAGUAUGGCACAU